AUGCGCUCUGUUGGUAAAAACCUGGACAUUGAUGAAUGUAUUGAUAGACUAUUGGCAGUUGGAAGAAGUGAAAAGAUUCCAAGGUCUAUAUGUUUUAAGAACUCGGAGAUUGUCGCCAUUUGUCGUGCAGCACAAGAAACUUUUGUACGCCAGCCCACUCUUAUUGAACUUCAUUCGCCUGUAAAAAUCCUGGGAGAUAUUCACGGUCAAUUCCAUGACUUGAUUAGACUAUUUGAUAUGGGAGGUUACCCGCCAGAUUCAAAUUACCUGUUCCUGGGUGACUAUGUGGAUCGGGGCAAACAGAGUCUGGAGACCAUCCUUCUACUCUUUUGCUAUAAAAUCAAGUUUCCCGAAAACUUCUUCUUACUACGAGGCAACCACGAGUGCGCAAAUGUGACCCGAGUGUAUGGAUUUUACGACGAAUGCAAGAGACGAACAUCGAUUAGGAUCUGGAAGACAUUUGUAGAUGUGUUUAAUACUCUACCGAUUGCUGCUCUGGUAGCAGGCAAGAUAUUUUGUGUGCACGGCGGCUUGUCACCUUCGCUCAAUUCGAUGGACGAUAUCCGGAACAUAGUGCGGCCUACAGAUGUACCUGAGUAUGGGCUCUUGAACGACCUUCUCUGGUCAGAUCCGUCAGAGACAGCAGUGGAAUGGGAAGACAGCGACCGGGGAGUUUCGUAUUGUUUUGGAAAGAAGAUCGUGAACGAAUUCCUGGCCAAGCAUGACCUUGACCUUGUCUGUCGUGCUCACAUGGUAGUAGAGGAUGGCUAUGAGUUCUUUAACGAGCUUACUCUCGUCACAGUGUUCUCGGCACCCAAUUACUGCGGAGAAUUCGACAAUUUUGGAGCAAUCAUGACCAUAAACGAAGAAUUGCUCUGUAGUUUUGAGCUUCUCACACCCACAACCCACCCCACCCGAGCCAUUCCACUUUCUUCCUCAAGCUAA